AUGCCUGCUCCACGCCCCAGGUACCGCAGGUCCGCAGCACAUCCCAACCUACACUACCCUGCCUACCCUACCGAGUCGAGCUGGGUUAGUCGAUGGGGUGCCUAUCAUUCCCUGGCAUCCCCAGCUUUUACCCCAGAAAGCAUCUCUCUCGAUCUCUCUGUCAUCGACAUCGAGGUUUGA